AUCAANUAACAUUGGUGCACAUCGCAUCGUCAGCACGAAAUUACCUUCGGCUGGCAGUACUCGCGAAGCUAUGACCGCUACAGGCAAUACGACGACACGUCUACUGGGUACAUUCCAAAAGGUCGACUAUGUCUUCGUGGUGGGCGUGGCCGGUGGUGUGCCACAUUAUACAGAUUACAAGAAGCAUGUGCGGCUGGGAGAUGUGGUCGUUUCAUAUGUGGAGAAACAACGUGCGCUAUUGAGCAAAAAUGAGAAACCCUACGUUUAUGUCUACAAGAGUGGCGAUGAUGUGAAGACAUAUUUCCCCAUCAAUGACUCCCUACAACAGAUAGCUGAAGGCUUGCAAGCUAACAUGAAGCUGAAACGUCCUUGGGAUACCUAUUUGCGUGAGGGCCUGUCAUCGUUGAUGCAAAAAACUGAGAGUGAUUUUAAUCGUCCUUCCGUCAACACCGAUAAACUCUUCAUGAAUAUCGGCAACAACGAAGUCAUCGAGGUGGCACACCCGAUCGCCACGGACACGUUGGAUGGUGUGCCACGUUCCCGCCUGCAUCUUGGACCCAUUGGUUCCGGACGCGAUCUGGUGCGUAGCGAUAAUUCACGCAUGGAUUUCGUAAAGAAAUAUGGACUGCUCGCCACAGAUGUGGAAAUGAGUUCAGUGCUGGACAGCAUUAUUGGCAAUUGUAGAGAGAGCUUCAUACUAGUGAAAGGUAUUUCCGAUUACAAGGACGGCAUGUCGACGCGAAAAUGGCAGAAUUUUGCAUCUCUGGCGGCAGCUGCAGUGGUCAAAUCGAUUAUUUGUGGCAUGGAUGCGCCAACAAAUGUUUAAUUAACAAGCAUUUAAAGUUAUUUUAUUAUUAAAUAUAUAAUAUUAUCUAUUAUAGCGCGAAGUAAAUUAUUAAAAAAAUCUGCAAGUAAAUAACAGAUUAUAAUGUGUAAAAUAUUGAGAAGAGGAAAGAAAAGUGUAUGCAUUUAGAUUUCUUUAUACUGACAAUGAUACAUAUAUACACGUACGAAUCACCGAUAUAAAUACAUACAUACUUAUAAACGCAUAGUAAAUAUCUACAAUAAUAUCGAUUUACACAUUUAACUCUUAGUGUUUUACUAAACUUAUGAACCAAAAAAAAGGAACUUCUAAAGCACAUUUACAUUUUAAUAUAUUUCUUUUUCUUGAGAAAUUAAUUUUUUGUUUAAUACGUUUUUAUUGCA